CGUGGGGCGGGGGGAUGGUCGCCUCUGUUGACGGCAGUGUCGUGCUGGCACCUCAUGACGCUGGGAUUCCUCGUGUGUUUUUUUCCGUUUUAAUGGGAGCCUGACAAGAUGAAUAGACCAGACGGGCUCAUCCAACGCAGGAACGUUCCGAGAGACACACAGGACAAGAACAACAAAAAUGACGGCGACGACGAGAAGCGAAGACACUCUAGUGGAGAAGAGUACCUGGAUGAUGGGGACUGCAAGGAGACGAGGCUCACCCUGAUGGAGGAAGUGCUGUUACUGGGUCUCAAGGAUAAGGAGGGAUACACAAGCUUCUGGAAUGACUGCAUAUCCUCGGGUCUGCGUGGGUGCAUCCUAAUAGAGUUGGCAUUGCGUGGCAGGGUGGAGCUAGAGAAGGCUGGUCUGCGGCGCAAGUCCCUCCUCAACCGCAAGGUUAUAGUACGAUCUGAACUGCCAACUGGUGAUGUGCUGCUGGAUGAGGCACUGAAGCACAUAAAGGAUACAGACCCUCCCCAAACAGUACAGUCCUGGAUUGAAUUCCUAUCUGGGGAGUCUUGGAAUCCACUCAAAUUGAGAUACCAGCUUAGAAAUGUGCGGGAGAGAUUGGCUAAGAACAUGGUUGAGAAAGGAGUGCUUACUACAGAGAAACAGAACUUCCUGGUGUUUGAUAUGACAACACAUCCCCUCACAGACAAUGUAACCAAGACCAAACUAGUGAAAAAGAUUCAGGACAGUGUGUUGAGUCGAUGGGUGGGAGACCCACAGAGGAUGGACCGGCGGACACUAUCCCUCAUAUAUCUGGCCCAUGCUUCUGAUGUGUUGGAGAAUGCCUUUGCACCUCUGUCUGAUGAUGAUUAUGAGGUGGCCAUGAAGCGUGUACGGGAACUGCUGGAUCUUGACCUUGAUGCAGAAGCUGCCAAGCCCAAUGCUAACGACUUGAUGUGGUCAGUCUUUGCAGCAUUUAUCAAAUAGUACCUCUCUUGCCAGGGUUGAGAAGGAAAAGUAUGUUAUCAGUGCCUGUGAUUAUUCCGAUAACCUUGUUUUUGAAAGUAUUAGUAUUCUGUGUAUCUAUUCAUUAUUUCUAUCUUAUAAAAUUAAGCAUAUCUUUUCCCCUGGUUGAGUUUUCAUAGCUUUGCAUUAGAUGCAUUGAAAGAGAAUGAAUGUGUAUAAGGUGAAGGCCAUUUAAAGCUCCACUGACUUUCUCUAUAUUAGGUUUGGGUCAUAAUAGAUAGCCAACAGAUGAAGCCAUCAGAAGGAAAGAAGAAUUAAACAUUAUGGCAUAUACCUAUUAAACCCAGGGCAUUUAUGCAUGUAUAAUUGGUCAUUGAUUUCCUUAUUUUUUCAUUUUUUGUUUAAUUACUGUUAAUGAAUAACUUGGUAAAUAGAUUAUUUAACAAUAUCAGCAACAUUUCUGACCAACCCUUCAUGAAAAGUGCUUGGCAUCCUCCCCAGUGACUUCAAAUAUCCAGUUAAAUUUUGUAUAUUUGUACUGUUGAAUUUUACGCUCUUCUGUGGUAUGCAUAUUAGUUGUCAAUAUUAGAAAUAAUAAAAAAAAAGUUGUCAAGGCAUUAUUUAUAUAGGCUAGUGUGUAGAUACAGGUGUGAUGCCUAGACUAGGUUCUAUACUUGUUUGUAAGGCAAUUCUACAUGGCAUGACUUGGGUGUAGGGAGAGUGAAUUUUAUUCCACUUGCACAUAAGGUUUAUGAAAUCUUUAGUAUAAUUUUAGUCCAUUUCUGUAUUUAUAACUGGAUAUGUGUGUUACUUCUGGGAAGCAUUAGCAUAAACAACUUGCAGUGAUGGAAAUAGACUGUUACUGGUCUGAAGAAGUAUGACAGUUGUAGGAUGGACAACAAAACCGUUCUUUUAGUGUGAAUAAAUGAAGUGCUAUCUAAUGUCCUCAUCAUCAAAGUCAUGCCACUGUGGUCUUAGGAGAAUAGUUAGCAGAUGAGGAACUUGUAACCUAUUUCUUACACAGAAAAACAAAAGUGGUGGGGGUGAUGGUACUUGCUGUUAGUGGCACCUCUUGUUGAUUGGUUGUUACUAAACAUUAAACACUGAAAUGUAGAUUAUAUCAAUGGUACUUGUAUACUUAUUUUUUCAUUUUUAUUAUAAAUUCAUUACUGAGUGAUGUUACUCGUAGUUUGUUUUAAUUUUCAACCAAUUUCUCUCCUGAUUCUCCUGAUUUGUCUGCACUGCUCAAAUUCACUGUGGUGUGUACAUAAUUGAAAAAUAGUAAGUGAGCUGUCAUUACUUAGUUUACAUACCUUGGUAACUUAAUUCAGAUAGGUUUAAGUAAUUUGUCAGCCAAAAUGUAUGAUUACUCAAACACAGCUGCAUUUUAGAGAAUUUGUCGAGUGAUAUUUCAUAUAUAUAUAUAUAUAUAUAUAUAUAUAUAUAUAUAUAUAUAUAUAUAUAUAUAUAUAUAUAUAUAUAUAUAUAUAUAUAUAUAUAUAUAUAUAUAUAUAUAUAUAUAUAUAUAUAUAUAUAUAUAUAUAUAUAUAUAUACUCUUGCUGAUCUAACCCCAAUUCAAAACAAAAUGACAAAAAAUUUAUCUAUAUAUAAUAUAUAUUGUUAUUAGAAUCUGCUAAAUUGUCUUGAAAACUUGAACUCUACAUAAAUCAACAUGAUGAAGGGCUGGUAGCACCCAAACUCUACAUAAAUCAACAUGAUGAAGGGCUGGUAGCACCCAUGGUUUUGGUAAAUGUGUCGUCGGACAUAUUUAAUUUUAAGAGCUUGUAAAUAUGGGGAAUUUCAUUAUUUUGCACAUAAACUAUAACCAUUAAGUAUAUAUUCUUCAUUAUCAUAACUUAUAUUGAAAUUUAAUGUAUAAGAAUUAUCAAAUUAUGCAAAAUUGUUGUUAUAUUUGAAACAUCAUCAAAACCCAAAAUUAUGAAUUAUCCAGUUAAUUAUCAUUAGUGGAAAGUGAAUACAGGGAAGGAAGGGAACAUUUCAUGAUAUGGCUUUAACAGUAGCAGAAUGUUUUUUUGGUGAUGUUUUGUUUUCUUCUCUGUGUAAUGAGUUAUGAAUCUACAGUUUUGGCCUUAUGAACACCAGUUGUCAUAUUAUAGAUUCCUUGCUUGUUAAAUAUACAGAUAUUACAUUUUGGAAGCAACUUAUUUAAAUAAUUGAAAAUUAAAUAACAGGGGAGGAUGUAUGUUGGCAAUGGGGCAAGAGAGAGAGACGGGGUUUGGUUCCCAUGCACUCCAUACACAUAUGACAGUUAUAUUAUCAAGCCUUACAAUUUAGUAUCUUUUGUCCUUAAAGAAGCUUUUUUUCCUUACGGGUAAUUACCGACUUCCACACCAGACCAAAUCUUCUCUUGGCAUGGGACCACAGUGUUGGUUGUAAAGUUUGAGUCUUUAUCCCUUUAUUGAAAAAAAUGAUGGUGCUUUAUGGGAAUUGUGUCUAAUAUACUCCUAAUAUUUUUGUCAUUUGGUAUCUGAAUUUUAAAGUUGCUGGAUGUAUUGAAGGAAAUAUUUAAGAAAAAUGUAUUGGUUACCCCAACAUUAAUUUCAGGCAGUUUAGAAAGUAUGUUGUCUGCUGGAUGAGCUCAUGGCAUAAGUGUGUGCGUGUGUGUGUGGGUGUGGGUGUGGGUGUGAUGAUAGACAUCUCAUGAUGAACCAUUUGUAAUUAUAUGUACAGAAAGCAACAUCCAGAUUAUUCCAGUUUUGCUGCAAGGUUGCCCAGACUCAUUUGAUAUUUGGAAUUUGUUGUUGCAUUUUCAAAAGUGGAAAUCUUAGGAAAUGUUUUGUAGGACAUACCCUUUUCAUCUUGGAAGUAUUUCACUUGAUUCCAAGUACUUAUAUAAGCUUGAAGAAGUGAAAGUCCGGUUCCAUUGUAACUGACCUAACAGGAGCAAUGGCACAUUCCAUCAUGGUUCUUACUGUCAUAGAAAAGAAUGGGUGAAGAGUUUGAGGAGAUAUUGUAGAAGUAUUGAGUUGUCCUGGUAUAAUGUUAACUUUCCUUAUUCCUUUCAUCAUUGUAAUAAGUAAUUGUUUUCAGCAGAUCUAUAACUGAUUGCUUGAUAUCAACAGAAUCACAGUUGAAUUCAAACUUGAAGAUAAGAAUCAGAAUAAUUACACUAUACUUUCAGUAAAUUGUUAUUUUUAUGUGUUUAUCCAUUCAUUUACUUUUUAUGUAAUUAAGAUUAACAUUAUCAAUUAUAUUAUUUUUAUUUUGUGAAAUAAAAUUUUACGUAAAAACUUGCAGUUGUGACCAUUUGGUACAUAUGUAAAUAUAUAAAAAGUGAAUAGGGAGAUGUUAUAGUAAGAAAUGUACAUUCACAAUAGACUGAUAGACAUGUUUAUUCAUAAAAUUAGAGAGGAAAUAAUUUUUGCUUCCUUCCACACCUUUGCUUGUUAUAGAUGAUAAAAUAUGAUGAAUGAUAAAGAUUUAUUGAAGAGUAAAAUUAUGAUGAUUCAGAGGGUGAUGACUGCUUCUCUGCCUCAUAAGGCUACUGGAAGCCAUCCUUCAUUAUAUCCUCAACAAUGUCAGUUGAAAGAAUCACAGCUAGCUUUUGCUCAUCACACUUUGUUUCAGUUGUGACCAGGAAGGCUCACUUGCUUGCUGUUAGCAUCACUCAGUUUUGAGAGCAAUGGGAUUGUUGUUUGGUUAUUUUAGGUCAUCAGGCAAACAUAGCUACAUCAUCUCAUUCAUUUAUUUGUUUAAUUUAAUUAUUUGUUUAUUUAGUUGUUUUAAUUUUAUUUUUUCCCGUAGGACAUGGUCACAUUAUUGAACAUCAGCUAUUUAUCCAGCACUAAUUGUUUGUUUCUCUUUUCUCUCUCUCUCUCUCUCUCUCUCUCUCUCUCUCUCUCUCUCUCUCUCUCUCUCUCUCUCUCUCUCUCUCUCUCUCUCCAAGUAUCAAUAGUCCUCAUGCAAUGCAAAAAUGAAUUAGAUGUCCAGUAGCCAAGCUGCUUGGCUGAUGAUUGCAUAAUUGUGACAUGAAUAAGUGAAAUAUCAAAAACUUUUUAAACUUUACAUGUGAUGGAAAAUUUUCAUUAAUUUUAAAUAUUGCUAGAUAUCAGGUUUACUGGUGCAGACUUCAUGGGUGCAGAAAAUGGUGUAUUGAUGAAAUGAAUGUGCUGCCUUUUGAGUUGCUUUUCGUUAUUAUACCUUUGUGACGCUUGCAAACAGUUUGUAAAGCAUUUAGUUCUGUUUUUUUCAGCCACAGACUAUUAUUAAACUGUUCACUUGACAUCUGAUUAAAGAUCGUAUAAACUACAGAUUAACGGAAUUCACUCAUGAAAUGCAUGUUUUAAUUUCAUUAAUUUAUAGAUGACUAACUUAUUGUUUCAGUUUUAGUUUUCAGUUUUGUUUAUUAGUACUACUACUGGAUUAAUAUUUUGGUUUCCCUGUGUGUGUGUGUGUGUGUGUGUGUGUGUGUGUGUGUGUGUGUGUGUGUGUGUGUGUGUGUGUGUGUGUGUGUGUGUGAGAGUAAAUUUGUUAUAAGGUGAUGCUAAUAGGAUCUUUAUUGUCUUUAUGAAAAUAUUUUUAGGGCACAGGUUAGCCUUUAUGAAAUCUUGUUUCUAACAUACUAUAGUCUGUCCGUUUUUAUUAUCUCAGAGCAAACCGUGUGUUCGGUUGGCACCCCUGCCUCACCUCUGCUCUCGCUCAGCCCCGCUGAGACGCAGAUUCAUUAACAAACAUUUAUAUAUAUUCACUUUACUCAGUAACAUGUAACUUGUGUCGUUACUGAGUAAAGUGAAUAAAUAUAAAUGUGUGUUGAUGAAUCUGCAUCUCAGCGGGGCUGAGCGAGAGCAGAGGUGAGGCAGGGCUGCCAACCGAACAAACGGUUUGCUCUGAAAUAAUCAAAACGGACAGACUAUAGGUAAACAAAAUUAUAGAAAUGGCAGCUCAAUCAAGAACUUUACUUUGAGCAUGGAGUCUUUUUCACUUUGAGCUAUCAAGCUAAAUAUCCUUUUAAUAUGGAUGUAACUUGUAGAGAAUAUAUAAUUUCUUUGAAUAAUUCUUUGCAGAGCCACUGUAUCUCAUUCUUGCUUCUCUUAUAGCUGGCAGGAUUCAGCAGCUUUCAGAUUUUGUUGGUGGUUAUGAGUGACUGGAACACUUAGAAAGUUGUUAUGGAACAAAUUUGCCUAGUCUUAAAUUUUCAAUAAACAAAAAUUACCAAUGAAGGAAAAAGUUUCCUGUUGUAAAUUUUUAGCUAUUUUUCCAGACAUUAUAAAAGAGUUUGUAGCUGCAACACAUGGUAUUUUCUUUUGUUUUACUUCUUAAACUGCACAUAAACUAUAAUUUGUUUUUAUUUAUAGCAUUCCAAGAAUACAAUUUUAAGCUUGGCAGGUGUUUGCAUACACUUUUGUUGGGAAGAUAUGCUUUUUAAAUAUCUGCACUGUGACUGAACGACUUUAUUAAUAAAAGAUUCUUGUUUA